AUGGGAGAGAGGAAGGUGUUGAACAAGGACUACCCGACGGAUUUUGAUCCGAUGAAAAUACUGAGGCGAAAACAACAUAAAAACCAGCAGAUUAAGGUUCGAAUGAUGCUUCCAAUGAGCAUUCAAUGCAACACCUGUGGCAAUUACAUCUACAGGGACCAAUGGUCAUCGGAGAUUAUAAUGAAGACAGAUUUGCAAAAUUCAGACUGUGUUGUUGAGUUUGGUGCAAUGCGGAAUUUGAAACUGGAUGAACAAGUAGGGAAUAAGAAACGCAAAAGGGAUGCCGAAGAGAUGGGAGAUGCGAUGAAGUGUUUGGAGAAUAGAACCUUGGACUCAAAAAGAGAAAUGGGCAUCUUUGCUGCACUGGACGAAUUGAAGUCCAUGAAAUCCAGACAUGCAAUUGUGAGUGUAGAUUCAAUGCUUGAUCAGCUCCUCCAGGAGGAAAAGGAAAAGGAAAAGGAAAAGGAAAAGGAAAAGGAAAAGGAAAAGGAAAAGGAAAAGGAAAGGGAAAGGGAGUUGGAAGAAGACUCCAAAGGAUUCAAGAUAAAUAUUUUAGUGAUGAUUAUGAGGAUUUAACUCUGUUUCCUACAGGCAAUGGGGAAAUAUCAAGCAAUAAUUCAAAGAAAAGGACAAAUGAUAGCAUCAAAGGAGAUCCAAUGAGUCCUGGAGCUUCUAGCAGCAGUAAAUUUAGAGUUUCUGGUAUCAAAAAACCACCAACAAAAGAGGAGAGCAGACAAGAGGAAGAACAUAAUGCGACAAAUAUUACAAGCAAUGGAUUACAAUCGUUAUGCCAACACUAUGAAAGUGAAGAAGAGUACUAGUUAGCAUUUGUAAUAGGUUUUACAUUAUUUUGAGUGAAUUACAGAUUAGCAUUUUGUCAAUAUCAUGUUUUC